AUGAACAAAAUCGAUGACUGGGGAUCUUUGGAGGCCGAGGGAAAAAUAUUCAUAAUGAUGAAGCCUCAACACGACGCUACCUUCUCACGCAUGAACAAAAUCGAUGGCUGGGGAUCUUUGGAGGCCGAGGGAAAAAUAUUCAUAAUGAUGAAGCCUCAACACGACGCUACCUUCUCACGCAUGAACAAAAUCGAUGGCUGGGGAUCUUUGGAGGCCGAGGGAAAAAUAUUAAUAAUGAUGAAGCCUGAACACGACGCUACCUUCUCACGCGUGACCAAAAUCGAUGACUGGGGAUCUUUGGAGGCCGAGGGAAAAAUAUUUAUUAUGACGAAGCCUCAACACGACGCUACCUUCUCACGCGUGAACAAAAUCGAUGACUGGGGAUCUUUGGAGGCCGAGGGAAAAAUAUUCAUAAUGAUGAAGCCUCAACACGACGCUUCCUUCUCACGCAUGCCAACAAAAUCGAUGGCUGGGGAUCUUUGGAGGCCGAGGGAAAAAUAUUCAUAA